AUGAUGAUGGAGAAUAAUAAUGAAUUAAAAACAAUCGAUAAGCAUUCACAGUUAUUUAAAUUAAUAAUAAAGAAUAAAUAUGUAAUACAUUUAGAGAUAUGUUCAGUUAGACAGAAAAUAUAUCGUUUCGCAGAGAUACCUAGUCUAGAUUGGUUGGCAGUCAAUCAAUACGUUGACUCGCUGCGGUACAUCUCCAAUCUAUAUGGAGUAAAUCAAAUGUUGCCUAAUACUCCGAUGUUGAUCGUUGCCAAUGCCACUUCACUACCACAGUUACAAGCGGUAGAGAAUACUCUUAAGAUUUCAUUCAAAAAGACAGAUUACCUACAACAUCAUGCCAAGUUUGGAUACGAUUGGUUCAAGUCGAAUAUUAUAUCGGUUAAUCAUCUGGUUUCGUUGUCUUGGGAAGAAAAGAAUCUUGCAAUUAAAAAUGCAAUUCUGCAAAACGAUGAAGAUCUAUUGGAGUAUUUGUUGGUAGAGAAUGGAUGGUCUACUGAAAUCAGUACAUUCAACAUCGAAAGACUUUUAAAGCUAGAGAGUGAGCGAGCUUUCAAGAUAUUCGAUCAUUGUAGAGAGUAUUGGUCAGUACUUCAAACCCAGGAGGUCUUGAUGAGUGGAACCAUCAGACAUUUCGAAAGGAUCGUUACCGAUAUGCUUCCAGUAAUGGUUAGUUCGCAAUGGCUGACCAAUAUCAUGAUCAAUAAGAGACCGAGUAACACUGAAAUAUACCAUCUGUUUAAGCAAACACUCAGAGAUAACGACAUGGAAGAUGUAAGCUAUGAAAACAAAGCUGUUAGUAUCGUUCAAAAGGAUAUGGAUCUACAAAUGUAUCUUUUAGGAAUUGGAUCGAGAGUUGAAAGAAAAAAAGGACGACCAGUCAUUGAGCAAACUUCUAUUAAUGCUAUAUUCGAAGAAGAGCUUGGUUAUGCUUUGGCAUUUGGCAACAUUACAAUUGCCAAUUGGAUCAUCGAAUAUUUCAAAGAGUUUAAUGGAAAGGCCAAUAAAAAUCACUUUAUCAAUUUAUUCCGUAACGUUAAUCAUUCGGUUCAGCUCUAUGAGGCGGUGAUUCCCAUUUGUGUGGACUUUGGUGAUUAUAAUCGUAGAAUGGCGGUUGUCAGUGCCUUACAAGUUCACAACUUUGAUGGUUUGAAACAUCUGGCGACCACCUACCCUCAAAAUAUAUUGAAUGAUCUAGCAGCCAAGGAAAUAAAAAUACUAUAUAACUGCAAGAAACUCCUUAUAAUCGAAUCACUUUCACCAACACUAUUUUUUGAUCUUUUGGCCAAACCCAUCGAAUUCCAAAAUGGGUCAUUCAACGAUACAUUGUCAGAGAUUAUAUGGCUAUUCAACCUGAUAGAGAACAACUACGAAAUGUUAAAGUUAAACAAAUCACUCAUGAAAUUCAUGGAACAACUAUUAUUCCUUCUUAGCUCUCAUCAUAGCAACAUAUUCAAGCAGAUCUAUGGUAGUUGUGUUCAUCAAAAGUGUAGUGCUUUCGAUUAUUACAUGAACAUAUUUAAAUUACCAGAAAAAAGUAUUGAUGAUCAAUUCAAAAAAAGUAAUAAAUAA